AUGACAAACUUAGAAAACAUCUGUGGCAAGUUUAACUCCUCAAUUGAGAAUAUGAAACUUAUAGUUUGCAAUGAACUUCAAAGUAUAGAUACAACAAAAGUUUUGAACUCAGAUGCUUUGAAGAGUCUUAUAACAGACAAAGUUGGAGUUGUUGAAAGAAAGUAUAAAGACCAAAGAGUUUGUGAAAAUGUUGCAAACUUCAUUAUGGUUUCAAACAAUGCUGUUCCGAUGAAGUUAGAAAGUUCUGACAGAAGAUAUGUAGUUGUCAGAACGUCAGAUUCUCAUAUGCAAGAUACAGAAUAUUUUGACGACUUAGCAGAAACUUUGACAUCUGACUUUUACAACCACUUGUUCUCAUAUUUCAUGACAUUAGAUAUUUCUAAGUUCAAUCCAAGACAAAUUCCACAUACCGAAGAGAGACAAACAUUGUUAGAAGCAAACAAGAGUGUAUAUGAACUGUUCAUAGAUGAAACUGA